ACUGUGCCUCAAAGCAAUUCUAAAAAUGUUCAAAGUAAUCGCUAUGGUAUCCUUUCUGGCCGUCCUCAUUGUUGCUGAUGAGGAGCAUCACGCAUACCCAAAAUACAAAUUUGAAUACGGUGUAAAGGACGGAAAAACCCACGACCACAAAAGCCAAUGGGAGCACCGAGAUGGUGAUAUCGUGAAAGGGCAGUACACCCUGGAUGAAGCUGAUGGAACGCACCGUGUCGUGGAUUACAGCUCAGAUCACAAAACUGGAUUCCAGGCGCAUGUACAACGGAACGGACAUGCUAAGCACCCACAUGGGGAAAGCUAUGCCAACAUCGAUCAGAAGCAUUGAACCACGGUUAGGGGAACAUAAUUGACACUUGGAUUAGACUCAUGGAUUUGAACUGAG